AUGUUACUCACCACCGAGAAUACUACCCCUACCUUCCUCUUCACCUCCGAGUCUGUCGGCGAGGGCCACCCGGAUAAAGUCUGUGAUCAAAUCGCGGAUGCCAUUCUCGAUGCCUGUUUAAAACAAGAUCCUCUCUCCAAAGUCGCUAUCGAAGCUGCCGCUCGACCUGGUCUCGUCAUUGUGUUCGGCGUCUUGGACACUCAAGCUCAAAUCGACAUUGAAGCUAUCGUCCGCGUGGUUCUUCAGGAUAUUGGAUAUGACUGCCCAGACCAGGAACUCGACUACAAGACAUGCAAGGUGAUGGAUUAUGUUGAGCGACGAUCUGCUCCUGACACUGCUGCGCCAUCCCUUUUCCCCAGUCCGGCCGAGACAGAAGUCGCAGGCGACCAAGGAAUCAUUUUUGGCUAUGCCUCAAACGAGACACCGCAAGCACUACCCUUGACGAUUGACCUGUCUCAUCGUAUUUCACGACAAAUGAAAACCGCACGUUUGAACAAGACUCUGCCUUGGUUGCGACCGGACACUAAGACCCAAGUCACGGUUGAAUACAUCAGGCGAAACAAUGGAGAGACGGUUCCAUUGCGGGUGCACACAAUUGUUCUUACAGCACAGCACACACCAGACGUGACAGUCGAAAAGCUGCGGCAGGAAAUUUUUGAUCAGGUCAUUUGCAAGGCCGUUCCCGCGAAGUAUCUGGACGAUGAGACCGCCUACUAUAUUCAACCCACGGGAGACGUCGGAGUGACUCCAUCGGGCAAGUUCGCCGGCGUCACUGGUCGAAAGAUCGUUGUCGACACAUACGGUGGAUGGGGAGCUCACGGUGGCGGUGCCUUUUCUGGAAAAGACUAUCGUCAGGUGGACCGCUCUGCUGCAUACAUGGCACGGUGGAUUGCCAAGUCCAUUACUCAUGCCAGUCUCGCACAGCGUUGCAUGGUCCAGCUAUCUUACUCAAUCGGCAUUGCUGAGCCACUGAGUAUCUUUGUCGAUACUUAUGGGACAGGCAAAAUGACCGAUGCGCAGUUGGAAAAGGUUGUGUAUGAAAACUUUGACAUGCGACCUGCUGCUAUCGCAAAAGCAUUGGGCUUGAUGAGCCCAAUUUACUAUCAGACAUCAAAGAAUGGGCACUUCACCAACUCUCAAUUCCCGUGGGAGAAGCCCAAGGACUUGAGACUGUGA